AUGGCAACAAUAUUUCCGUGUCGAGCCAGCUUCGUCUGUCGCUCAUGCCAAAAGUUGUCUGCCGUGAAAACCAACCGACGACAAUUCAUCUCGCACGUCGCCAGCCCCUCGAAGCAAGACCCCGUCGUCCUUCCUCCCAAACCUCGCCGACGCAUAUCAGUGCCGUUGGCAAGAAGAGCUGCUCCUGCGGCAGCAGUGUCCCCCACAGAUAGCAACAUCUCUGCGUCAAGACAAAACUCGUCUGCAGAGAUCAACGGGACUUCAGCGGCAGUUACUUCCACGAGCCUCGACCCUGCCAGCCGACUGAAUGAGUUUCGCAAAUUCGUCGCCCAGAUACAGUCGAGCAAUGCCGCCGCCGACAAGGACGACGUGCUCGAGGCACUGAUGGAUAUGUACGAAUACGCAGGCCUGCUGGUGCACGGGGCGACGGGCAAGAUGCCGUCGGAAGAGACUGGACGGACAACGGCACAAGACAAGGAAAUCGGGGACGCAUUACUUCAAGACCUGGCCGAGGACAAGUCGUCCAGACUGCAAAGUGUCGGUGCGGCCGUCGACUCCAUAUCUGCCGCCUCUGGCAGCACAUCAAUGUCCCUCUCGUUCCGCGAAGACGCGGCCAAGCGUGUCUCGCAGCUCGCCUACGACCUCCUGCGCGACCCCAAGGUCUACAUCACCGAAGACAUGCUGCAGAUGUACGUGCGCAUCCUGUGCCUCCUGGGGCGCCCCGAGUACCUCCCGGAGAUCUUCCACCUCUACGCCACGAAGAAAAUCCCCGCCGCCGACAGCAAGCCGGUCACGUACUCGAAGCCAUGGCCGAGGCUGCCCAAGUACGCCGUGCCCGUCGACCUCGCCGAGGCCGCCCUCGAAUCCGCCAUCCUCAAGAAGAACCUGCCGCUGGCCCUGGCGAUCAUCGACACCACGGUGGGCGCGCCGGCCUUCCGCGUGAACAAGGCGCUCCGUCGCGGCAGCGUGCCUGGGCUCAUUGUGGGCGCAACACCUCUCAUCGCAUACGCCGGCGCCGACUGGGUCUCGCACUGGCAGAACACGAUGGACGUCGAAAUGGCCAAGUACACGGCCAUCGCCGGCGCCGUGGCGUACAUCGGCACGCUCUCGACCAUCGGCUUCGUCGCCGUCACGACCUACAACGACCAGAUGCAGCGGGUUGUGUGGCGGCCCGGCACCCACCUGAGCAGCCGCUGGCUGCGGGAGGACGAGCGACGGUUUUUCGACCGGCUGGCCCUGGCCUGGGGCUUCCAGGAGAAGAGCCGCUGGGGCGAGGAGCACGGCGCCGAGUGGCAGCGGUUGCGGGACGAGUGUGGCCUGCGGGACAUGAUUCUGGACAAGACGGAUCUGAUGGAGGGCAUGAAGUGA